CCCCUCACCCCUCUGUGGCUGCUGAUUGGCCCGCGGAGUCGCCGCGUUCGGUUUUGGAAGGCUCGCUUUGGAGCCCAGCAAGGCUCGCCUGAGGAUUGGCUGUUCCAGGAGCGCCUUGGGCCGCGGUUGUGACCGAGGUGGCCGGCCACGGCAGGCAGAGCACCCAGGAUGGGCACCCCAGCCUCUGUGGUGAGCGAGCCGCUCCCUUGGCAGGCCCCCACUGAGGCCCGGGGCCGCAAGCAGGCCUCGGCCAACAUCUUCCAGGAUGCGGAGCUGCUGCAGAUCCAGAGUCUGUUUCAGCGCAGCGGGGACCAGCUGGCGGAGGAACGGGCACAGAUCAUCUGGGAGUGUGCAGGGGACCACCGUGUGGCAGAGGCCUUGAGGAGGCUGCGCAGAAAGAGGCCUCCGAGGCAGAAAUCCCUGGGCCACUCGCUACAUCACUGCAGCCGGCUCAGAAUCCCAGAGCCCCGCGAUCCACUGGAUGACCCACAGAGCAGUGCCACAGAGAUGGCUUCCAGCGAUCAGUAUCUGAACACUAGGAGGACAAGUGCCAGGAUCCGCCGGAAUUGGAGGAAGUCAGGCCCCACAAGCUACCUCCAUCAGAUCAGACACUGAUCCAGGGAAGGGGCUGGGAAUGGCACUAUCUUCCCCAGGAAUCAUAGGGACUUUGGCCCAAGGGCCCGGGAAGGUGGAGGAGGAAGAGACUGGAGGCAGAUAGCCCCACGUGCUGCUGCUGUUCAAUUCGGAAGAGGAUGGAGAUACCCACGGAGCUCUAAUUGUGGGACCCACUCCUCACCAGGAGCAGCAACAGUGACCGUUCUUGCCUUGACCCUUCCCCACCUAACACUAUACUUGGGCUGCAUGACAUUCCCCUGGGAGUUAAGCAACAGGCACUCAGACCAAGCAUCUCACCACUCCUGCUACUAACCCUCCUGUAUUCUGACCCAUGGUCCAGCAGCCUGUCCUAUACCCCUGUCCCUGUCAGGCCACACAAGUAAACUGUGGUUUAAGUGGCAAAAUAAAAACAUUUGCACCAAGAA